AGACAUGUUCGGUCUUCCUUUUCUAUUCUACUGUUUCACGCAUCUGCUCUGUUUCUGUGAAUUGAUUCUUCUAUCUGGUUAUGGCGGAGACAUCUGCGCUUCUCUUCUCUCACCUCACCAUCUCUCGCGUCUUUGACACCACCGCUUCUUCUUCUCGAUUAUCUCUUCUUUCCCGCGCUCCGCCGUCUCGUUCUGCUAGAUUCACCGCUAAGGCAUCGCAUUACGGUAGCUUCUCCGAUGACGAUGCUUUCUUCCCAUGGUCCGAUGGAAAUAACGCCAUUGAAUGGGUUCAUGAAGAAAGGAUCACACUUUUCACCUCUGAUGGGCUAAUUCAGAUCGGUGGCAACAUGGUUCCUCGUCGCAUCAAAUCAUCUAAUAAGAAACAUGGGAGGUCCAAGAAACAUCCAAAGUUUCAGGAAAGUUCCUACAUGGAUCCUGCUCAAGAACUAUGCCUUGGAGCUCUUUUCGACAUCGCAGCUACAAACGGACUUGAUAUGGGAAGAAGACUCUGCAUCUAUGGAUUCUGUCGCUCCGUUGAGAUGCUUAGUGAUGUUGUUGAAGACACUGUCUUAGAAUAUGGUGGAGAGGUUGUUGCUGCAGAGAAAGAGAGCAAAGGGGGUUUACAAGAGAAGUUAAAAAUGUCAGUGGCGGUUCCAUAUCUCUGGGGAGUUCCUCCCACUGCAGAGAGGCUUCACCUUGCUGUUAAAACCGGUGGAGGCAUCGUUGACAAAGUUUAUUGGCAAUGGGAUUUCUUGUGAAUUAUGAAAUUUCUGGAAUAAUGGUGCUCUAACUUCAAAAUUCUCAAGUGUUUAUAAGUCAUUCAAUGUACAGAACCCUUUACAUUUGGUAUAAAUUCCCUAAUUGUAUUCAGCUACAGAUUUGAUGGGGAUAAUCUGGUUUAGAUCUUUAUUUUCA